AUGAUGUUGAAGUUGCAUGACGAACUCAUUCGGUUCAAAGUGACAAAGUCACAUCUGCCGUCCAAGUCUGGUUGGCUGGCUGUGGGAGGAGAGACGUUCACCAAACCGCCACCCGGCAAGCGAGCAUCCGAUUUUCAUUUGGAGAGAAAAAUAUUAAAGAAGCUAUACAUACGGUUCCCUGGCCAACAAAAGUGGCCUCUAAACUCCCCUGCCAAGGACACUGGGAGGAAACCGAGAAGCAGGGCACAAGCCUGUACUUCUCAAGCAGAGGCGCGUGUGUGCGGCGGGGAGAACGCGCAAAGGCGAACCCAACAGGGAAAGGUGAACCGGAGGAACAGGGAGCCCGAGGCCGGAGGGCAGAACCGGCGAAGAAACCCAAGGUGUCGACAGAGGGGCGAGGGGGCGCGGAAGGGGGAGCCCGGAGGCUCCAGGAGGAGGAGGGAGGGGUCCCAAACGCUGCCCAGAAAUCGCGGCGGCCGAGUAAAGUUAAUACUUACUCAGUUUCGCAACUGCGCCGCCCCCGGCAGGCCGCCUGGCGGGGCCGGCCGGAGCGCUGGGGACGCGGCGGCGUCCGAAGCUCGGCGGCCGCCCAGCGUCUGUCCCGGCCGCGCCGCCCGUCGCGCCUCCCUCCGCCACACUCGGCGGGCCGCGCGCCCCGCACUGGCGGGAGGCCCUGGCUCCCGGCGCGCCCUCUCCGCGCACCUCCCCGCCGGCGCUAAGGAGCCGCCUCCAGCGCUGUCGCCGCGGCCGCAGGCGGUCAAGCGAGGCUCGGCGAGGAGCGGGGCGGCGGGCGCCGUGCCGGACGGCGGAGUUGGCGGCCGGCUCGCUCCCGCGGCCGGUGCCUCUGGACUGGGGGCCGGGCCGGGCUCGGGCGGCCGGGCGGCUCCGCCCCUUCGCCGGGCCGCGGGCAGAGCGCGCGAGAGGAGCGGCGCGGGGGCGCCCCCCUCGGCCGGGCGCUCGGGUUACAGCCGCGGCUCCCCGGCUUCCCCGCCCGCGCCCCGCCGGUUCGCCGGCGCCGUGAGAGACAUUGUAACGGAACUGGGACGCCAGCGCUGCAUUGUGGGAGCUUUUAAAGCGGCGGGGAACGUGGCCCGGCCGCUCGGGCCCACCGGGCCAAGCUCCCCCCGGCGCCCUUAGCACGGCCCCGCCGCCGCUCGUUCCACCACACACCCAACACCGCCGAGGCCUGUGGACCGGAAAGCCCGAAGUGGUGAGGUGACCGGUGCCUACUGACUCUCACAGGAGCACAGGCUUCCAUAGCCCGGGGUGAGACUUGUAAAACUGCCCUCUCCGGUCAUCCCGGAAAGUAGGCUUUUUUUGCAGACCCUUAAA